CUUCAGCUUUUUUAUUUUAUUUUAUUUUUUUGUUUUGGGCUUUGGCUCUCGACUUACAUUUACCUGUUCUGGGGGAAGGGCGUUUCUGAGCCCACUGGGGGUUUGCUCCCAGGAGCCAGUGUGGGGCAAGUGAGUGGAGAGAGCACCAUGGAACCCCUCUUCCUGGCCUCAUUCUGGGAGGAUUUCUAUGGAAACCGGCUGUUCAACAACUUCUCCUUCCCAAAUGGAAGCGGAGUGCCUCCUCACUGGAUCAAUGUGACCCAGGACAUCUUUCUGCCCAUUGGCCUCAGGGUCACCAUUGUGGUGGUCUACCUGGCUGUGUUCAUAGGAGGUCUGCUGGGGAACUGCCUUGUCAUGUAUGUCAUCAUCAGACACACAAAGAUGAAGACAGCUACAAAUAUUUACAUCUUUAACUUGGCACUGGCAGAUGCCCUGGUCCUGUUGACUCUGCCUUUCCAAGGCACUGAUGUCUUCUUGGGCUACUGGCCAUUUGGAAAUGCGCUGUGCAAGACGGUCAUUGCCAUUGACUACUACAACAUGUUCACCAGCACUUUCACCCUGACUGCCAUGAGUGUGGACCGCUACAUUGCCAUCUGCCACCCAGUCCGGGCCCUGGACAUCCGCACACCCAACAAGGCCAAGGCUGUCAACGUUGGCAUCUGGGCCCUAGCUUCCCUCAUUGGUGUUCCUGUCACAGUCAUGGGCUCAGCCCAGAUGGAUGAUGAUGAUGAGAUUGAGUGCCUGCUGGAGUACCCCACCCCUGAGAAUUAUUGGCGCUCCGUGUUUGGGAUCUGCGUGUUCCUCUUCUCUUUUGUGAUUCCUGUCCUCAUCAUCUCAGCCUGCUAUAGCCUCAUGAUCCGGCGGCUCCGCAGUGUCCGAGUACUCUCUGGCUCAAGGGAGAAGGACCGCAACCUGCGGCGCAUCACUCGGCUCGUUCUAGUGGUAGUGGCUGUAUUUGUGGGGUGCUGGACCCCUAUCCAGGUAUUUGUCCUGGCUCAGAGCCAGGGAGUCGAGCCGGCCAGUAGAGCUGCGGUGGCUGUCCUGCACUUCUGCAUCGUCCUGGGCUACGCUAACAGUGGCCUGAACCCCAUCCUCUAUGCUUUCCUGGAUGAGAACUUCAAGGCCUGUUUUCGUAAGUUCUGCUGUGCAUCCUCCCUACGCCGGGAGCUGCAGGUGUCUGACCGUGUGCGGAGCAUUGCCAAGGAUGUGGCAUUUGCCUGCAAGACUUCAGAAACUGUACCCAGGCCCGCAUGACUAGGCGUGGAACUCCCCAUAAUGCCCACCAGCCCCCAAAGUCCAUCCACACCCAACACAGAACUCACGCAGGUAACAGCUCUGUAGUGGAGUUCUCUUCAGACUCAGUGUUGGGCAAAAGGAUCAGCUGUGGGGCUGGAUACCGUCAGGAUGGCUUUGUGACUGUGACCCUUAGAGGCUGUGGCCUCAGAGCGGCUCUGCCAGGGGCAGAGCCACAAAACCAGGGGAGGAAGUCCACGUGGAAACAGACUCAAAACAAGGGCUGUUUCUGUGAUUGGUCACAGCUGGACCAAAAAUAUGCCUUCCUGGUAUGGUGAGCAGAGGGGCAAUGGGGAGAAAAUAGCCUAUGCAGAGGGCGUCUGGCCUUCAGGCUAACACUCCACUUAUGAAAACACGCACACACACGAAUACACAUAUACACACGUAGAUGUACAGAGACCCACCAAGACAUUCACACAGACAUGGAGACACACACACCAACACCCAUCCAAGCACAGUAACGGGGAUGUAAAAACACAAGGACACGUGGAUGGCCACGAUCUCACAGAAAUCCUUGUGGAGGAUUUGGUUAUUUACUUUUUACCUUUCAGGGGAUGGAGAGGAAAACCUGAUGUCUCAGGAUAGAAAAGUGCUCGUAAUGGUGCUGGGUGUCAUCCCAUGUGCUGUCUAUGAUCCCGUUCCCUGGGCCUUGCUGCCCCAGGAUGCCUGAUGAUGUAUCCACGGACCAGGCCCAUUCCUCACCUUUACCAAUCCUGCCUCAUAUGUAAAAUGAGAGCAGGUGAACUUGAUGAUCUCCAAGGUUCUUUCUAACUCUGACAUUCUAUUUCUGUGUUCCCCUGUUCUGUCUCCUUUGGGAUCUUGUUGGGGGGGAACCUAGAUGGAAGGGCUGGAGCCUAAUUGAAUGAGGUGGCAGAGUAGCCCUGGGGAAUGAUCACAGGGGUGUGCCAACGCCGAGCUAGAUCUGGGAGAGUUCUAGCUGCCCUUUGCCUUGGCUCUCGGCAGCUGCUGGCACUUGCUCCCUUUGGCCCAGACUUCCAGUCAUCCACCGUGCCCAGGGCCGGAUCAGCCAUGAGAGGAAAGAGUGCCUUGCUGUUGCCCUGAUUCCACGUUACAAGACUUUCCUGAAAUGAGCAGCAGCCAGCAGGGCACAACAAACCAAGAGUCUGAAUGCCCCUGGGAGCCUUGAACACGCUUUCUAGACGCGCAAACAUUUCUCCUAAAUGCUCAGCCCGAGAGCUGUUGGUGUUUCGUGUUUGCUGAUGCUUUGUUACAGCUACUUUCUGCAAACCCUUUUAGUGCAUGGGAAAAGAGCCUGUGCUUCUGAUUUCUGGGCCCCUUUUCAUUCACAAGGUGUGCCCCUCACCCAUUACACACUAAAGACUUCUGUGACUGACCUGUGGCUUACCAUGGUGUCCAGGCCCACCAGUAAUAUUGUCCAUCCUUACUGGCAAGGCAUAGAAGGGCUCUUAUAAUAUUUUUAUGCACAGGCCAUAAUAUAUUCAGUGUUCUUUCCUCAGCAAUGUAAGGGGGGAAAUGGUGAUGAUUUCUCAGUGAUGAUUUACUUCAAAAGAAGAGAAAUCUAAUGCACAGAAGACCCCACACCAAGGUGCUUGGCAUAUGCCAGAUGAUUGACUGAGUGGAGGUGGAUGGGAACCUUCAGAAACCAUCUAGUUCAAUGCCCUUAUUUUAAAGAUGAGGAAACUGAGGACCAGGCAGGGAAGGGGCCUCUAGAGGUAUUGCUGUGCCUACUAAAUUCCUGCAAAGAAUGAAGAAUUCUGUACUUUUCUGGGAUGGACUGGAUACCUCCAGGAAGAGAGACUAAAUGCUUUAAUAUUUGUUAGCUGCAACUCUCUACACGCUCUGAAGUGCUCCCUGUGGCUUCCGUGUUUUUCUUGCUCUUAAAUCUGUAGCCAGAAAGGCAGCCAGUGCCUACUGUGCACUGUGUACUCACUGUUCUCUCAUUCAGACCGCCGUUGAGGAUUUCUCUCUAACUAAAUGUAAUGGGUGAAGAAUAGACCUCUCUUAGGUCUGAGUUGGACUUUGAAAUACGUUGGGUUGAUCCAGGCCAUCAGGAGCCAUGGCCUUGCCUAUAUUUCCGUGAGAGGAGGAAGAAGGACCGGGAAGGAACAGAACCCCUUGUGCUAUGUGAUGAUGUUUUUCUCUCAUUCUCUGCAGAUUAAUGUCUAUCUCUUCAGCUUUAUGAUUCUCUGUGGUGUCUCUGGGGGCCAAUUUCUGGGGUUACUGAUAACUAGAAUGUGUUAGAAAUGGAGCAAAAUAAGAAAAUAAGUUUAUGGUGCUGUGCCAUUGGGAAGGGCGUGGGUGUGGUGAGGGCUGAUUGGAGCCAACGCUACAGAGAUGGUCCUAGGAGCUCCGUAAGACUACUAUGGGGCCAACAGCAUCCUUAUCAGUAGGCGUGGUGCUCCAAUAAAAUUCUGUUUGGGCUUUCAAUAGCCCUAAAUGUGAAUUCACAGUUGGUGAAGCUGCCAACACUUUUUCCCUAUAGCUGAGCUAUUAUUGGAUUAAUGACAGAUUAUUUCAUUCCCAUCAUCCUUUCCACAUUACAAAAACUGCAAGCCUCUGUUCCGGAAUGUGUACUUGGGAAGCAGAAAAACCUCCAGAUAACCAACUAAAAAAAUAGUGAUAGCCCCAGCCCUUCUUCACAAGGAUACAGCAUGUGUCACUCCGGGAGUUCUAACCAAAGGAACAAUAAUUUAGGGAGUGAUUGGCCACCUCCUAACAGGGCAGUAGCUCCGUGGUAACAAGAAUAAGAGCUCCCAUGUCUGUUGAGCUUUAAGGUUUACAAAGCACUUUCCUCACAGCAAUGCUUGUGAGCUUAUGUAGUAUUAUUAUCCCCAUUUUCAGAUGAGGAACCAAAACUCAGGAAGGUGAAAUGAUUUACAUGUUAUGACACUACCAAGUGGUAAAACCAGAAUAUGAGCCCAGGAAUUCUAACUUUAAAGACCAAUGCCUGCCUUCCUGCCUUCCUUCCUUCCUUCCUUCCUUCCCUCCCUCCUUCCUUCCUUCCUUUCUUCCUUC